GACUUCACGCAUAAUAUAAAACGGGCAGAGAUAAUAAACGACAGCAUUAUACGUCAAUUUUCUGUUAUUUUAAUCGGAAUUCCUCUCUUCCAAAACAGCGUUUGUUUCCCUCGUCGUUAUGUAAAGUAAUUAGAGGAAAACCGUCAUUAGAAACUGAACUUGGACACACUUGGAAACUCGGAUGUUUUCUGUAACUAAUUCCUGUGUGUAACGUUAACUAAUAAGCAAAUAUACCAGAGAGGAUAUUUUACAGUUUACAAUUUUGGAUAAAGAAAGGGACUGAUUUAACUACCGAUGCAAAUGGAUUCAGGGAAACUUGUGCAAAGAAGAAAACCGAACAUUCCUCUUAUCAGACCGAGAGGAUUGGACAAAAAGCAGCACAUUCAAGAGCAGACUAGUACAAAAAGUCUUGACAUUAAUAAAGUGAUCCGUCUUCUUGAAGAUCCCUUGACGGCUAACCUGAAGGAGAGGCACCUCUUUGUGUUGAAGAAGUUAUUUAAGACAAACCAAAAUGGCUUUGUCUUGAAGGACCUGACAGGCAUAGCCAAAAUACUCAACAACUGUGCAGAGAAAGUGAAGGAUCAGCCUGAUUAUCUGCCUCUUUUGUGUGAGGCACUUAAAAUUUGUAGACUUCCCUUCUUGAAAGAGAGGACAUCUGAUGAACUGACACACGCGCAGGAUGCCACACAUUUCCUUUCUCAUAUCGGGUGUCUGAUGAGGGUGUCAGAUGCUGAUGUGAGACUGCACAUCAUUGAAUGUGUGAAAUCCUUCUACAGCUCUGUGGCUCCCAGACAGCUGCUUGAUGGUAUGGAGCAUCACACCAAGCCAAAACCUCGGCCUUUCCACUCUGACAACAGAUUUUCUAAACUUUCACUAAAGGUCCAGCCAACCUCCCCAGGCUACAGGCUGCAGCUGUUGGAGCGCAGUAACCUGGCACAAACACUGCUCCUCUCCAUGGCCGCUGUGGAAAACCAGCCAAACAUCAAACUGCAGCUCCUACAAACACUUCAAAUCCUCUCCAACUCCUCUGACUUGAAUUGUGCCUCAGUACUGAAUGCUCGGGGAGCAGAGGUGAUUUGUCUCCAUAUGAACGAACCUGAUCCUUCAGGUGAAAUUUUGUUUCGCUCUUCUGAAAUCCUCUGGAACCUUCUGGAGCGAGGAAGCAAGGAGGAAGUCACCGCUCAGCUCAGCAGCAUGGAGUGUGUCGUUUCUCUGAAAGAGGCCUUUUUUCACCAGUUGCUGAAUGGUGUCCGACAUAUUGACCUCCAGCUCAGGAAUUAUCUUCUCGUCAUCACAACUCUAAUCGCUGGCAAUUCCAACUCACUGUUCAUUGAGAGUUUAUUUGCCAAACAGCUCAUAGCUUUGGUCACUUAUCCAGAGUUGAAAAGUCGCAACUCUUUGAUCUGCAACCUUAAACUGUCAUAUAAUAAUGAAGACUUGAACAUGAAAAAGAUGCUGUUAAAUCUGUUGGUGUUAAUGUCAAAGGACUCGGCUGUUCUGCAGCUUUGUAAAGAGGAGCAUGUUAUGCUGGUUCUUCUGAUGCUCAUAAAGCCACCUCCUGCCUCUGGGGUCCGAUCCGGUUUACGUCACUGGUCCUCCGUCCAGCGGGAGGAGCUCCAGCUUCAUGCACUUGCCACCCUGUCUACUAUCGCUCCUCUCAUCUUAGACGACUACAUGUCCUUUCAGGGAAAUGCAUGUCUGCUGCUCCUGCUGGACUGGUGUGUUGGGCAAGAUGCUUACUUCGGUCAUGGUAAUAGCUUCCACGCCACUGGAUGUAGAGGCAGUAAGAAGGCUCAGAUGCGACUCUGUAUCCGAGUUCUGAGAUCUGUGUCGUCCUCGGGUGAGGAGUCAGUCAACCAGGACCUCUGUGAUCAGGGAACCAUUAACCACCUUCUGGGGAUUUUAAUGCAGAUGGAAGCAAGUCCUGACCAGGAGGAUGAUGUCACUUUGGAGAUAAAGGCAGACAUUCAACUGAUCCUUUCAGCACUAUGUGAGACGGAAAUGCACAGAAAGGAGCUGUUUGGGUCAGAGGGAGUUGAGAUGGCCGUUCACUUCCUGAAGAAAGGUGCUGAGAAGUUCUACACCAGUGUGGGACACAACAAGCUCAUCCUCUCCACUGUGGACUGUGUAUGGUCCUGCAUCGUGGGCUGCUACACAACAGAGGAUUACUUUUUGGCCAAAGAGGGGGCAUUUCUUCUUCUUGACUUGCUUCGUUCCAGUCCCAAAUGCAUGCACAGUGUCAUUCUGGCCACGCUGCUGGAGUUAUGUGACAACCCCAACACUCUGUCUCACCUGCUGAGCUGGAGGGACAGUGGCGGUCAGACGGCUCCCAGGCUGCUGCUGCAGAUGUGGAGGGAGGAGGAGGAGGAGCUGCAAGUCAGCCGAAAUCAUUAUGGAGGACUCGCAGAUCCUAAGAGGCCAAUCCUCAGUCAUCACCAACAGGAGGAAAUCCAGUCUUCACAACCGGGUAAUGUACCAACUGCAGCGGUGCUGGAGAUGUUGGAGAACCUGCGGUCCAAGAUUUUCUCCAUCUUCUGCAAACUUGGGUUUCAGGAUCUUCCUGGAUUAUCAACACAAGAUUAUGUGACUUUGAGCAUCGUCAGGAGAUACUUGGACUUCAAGGUCGGAGAGGUAUGGGACGAGGUCAGUAAAGAGUUGAUCUUGGAUGGAGUAAAACCCAUCACUCCUGAUCAGGAGUCUCUAGAAACUAUCUGUAAGAUCACAGAGGACACAGCCAGGAGGGUCAUAGAGGAGCAGAUCAGCAUCCUGCAGCAACAGGAGAAGGAAGACAUCGGCAAAGAGAAGCUGCUCUACACAGAGAUUAAAUCUCGAUGGAGGCAACAGGAGCUCACAGCAAAGUCCUGGGACCAUUAUGUUUCCAAGACGUCAAACUAUGAUAUUCUAAAGGAAGUUAAAGCACAGAGAGAGAAAUAUAUUGAAUCAUCGAGACCAAAGCAUGACGAGACCAUACUUCAUCCUGUACAGUAUUUCAUUGGCCAGGUCAUGUCUGUGGAGCGAACAGGAGCUCAGGGUCCAGCUGGUGUGAAGCUGACUCUGGCCAGAGUUCCCCUUAAGUCUGCAAGUCAGGGAGACCUUGGACCCACAACACAGCAAGACCCUGAAUACUUCAGCACUGCUUCUGUCAAAGACUGAGGACAAACAAACAAGCAAAGAACCUGGAGGAAUAUUCUGAAAUAAUUCACAUCUGUUUGGAGUUUUUAAUCAAACACAAACAGGAGGUAUUUUUAAUCUUUGUUCUGACUUGUGCAGCAGACAUGAGGUCAGUAAAUGUGUACAAUCAGUAUGUUGUAGUCUGGUCCCACAUAAAGACACACACUGUUGUAAACUGAAUGGUCUUUGUGGUCCAACGUGUCUGAUACAAAGAAUAACUGUUGAAAUGUAAGAACAUUUAAUCCAUGAAUGUAGAUUUAAAACACACUUGAUUUAAGGUGCCAGUAGACCUGCAGACAACUUUGUAGAACACAAACUGAUUCACACUUUUUUUUUCUCCAAUAAUAUUUACAACUAAGAUGUCACAUGUAAAAUACAUGAUCAUUUGGGCCUAGUGUCAAUCCUUGUCUUUGAGUUAAUUUAACUAAUAAGUUAAUUGUAUAGGUCAGAAAAUAAACAUUUUCAACUGCAGGGUUAAAGCUCUUUUAACAUUUAUUUUGUCCAAUGUAAAUGUUGAAAGCAGUUCCAAGUGUAAAUAAUUUAUAUGUAAUUGUGAACCAUUUUUCUCAGUUUUGCUGCACAUAAAUCAUCUAUAAUCUGUAAAUAAUCACACUGUGAUCUGUGAUGAUAUAAUAGAUCUAUAUGUUUCUAUCUGAUGUUAUGUAACCUAUAGAAUAACAUGAAAAGAGAGGCCUUAUCCUUAUGUAACCGAAUUAUAACACGAAAUUAUUUGAAUAGAAUAAAUAACUAUAUGUCCAGUAAAAGUUAAUAUUCAACAGCACUUUGUUUUUGUUCUUUGCUGUGUCACCACUUGGUCCAUGUUGAACAGUAAUUAAGAAGUAUUUUGUCUUUUUUGGGUUACAUAAGUCACUGCAGUGCAUUAACACACAUGUUCCUUCAAGCGUGCAACAUGCUGCACCGAGCCACUUUCUUCUUCACAUUCUACUGUGGCUGAAUGACCAAAUCAUCCCUGACAGGCCUGGGCUUUUCAUGCAGCUUUGUGAGUGUGUGUGUGUGUGUGUGUGUGUGUGUGUGUGUGUGUGUGUGUGUGUGUGGAGUCCAUCAGACAGGACUGGGACGUUCACAUUGUACAAAAGAGCAGGGACACACAGGAGCCUCUUCAGUCCGACAGGCAUCCACUGUUUGUUCAGGCUGCACAUGCUGUCAGUCUGCGGGCGUUGAUGAAGGUGAGGGCAGAUGCUGCUUCUGGAUGAUCUGGAUUCUGAGCUGAACUCCUCUAGGACUUCUGAACUCCAAACUGUUUGUCGUCAGUUCAUCUGCAGCAGAAAUGAUCAUCAGACUGGGACGACUGACUCCAGGAUACUUCCGUCUCCUCCAGAGGCAGGUCUCAGGUGAGGUCCAGAUGCAGCCUCAGAGCGGUCUCCUCAACCCCAUCGCCAUGACGAUGGCCGCGUUGGGGAUGAGUGUGUCCCUGUACAGCGCCAGACAGAUGGCAGAGACGGUCCAUGGUCUGGAACAGCCGGAUGUCUGAGUUUAGAGACAAAUGUUCACUAUUUACCAGCAGAUCAGCGACUGCUGGAGCAGCUCCAUAGAUGAAUGUGAUGAAUGUUUGUGUAUGUCAGAGGUGUUAAGAGACAGAUGUGUCGUUUGAAAGAACAUGUAAGUGUCCCGAGGGGAAAGUGUGAGUCUGUGUUCAGUCCCAGCAGCUGGAUUUAAAUAAUACAGGGUUUUCUUUGUUAUGAGCCACUGUAUUUAGAUGAAAAUAUUCAAAUAGGAAGCUCUCACUUUGACCAGGUCUGUAAUUUUCAUCAGAUUAAAAUCGCAACUAACACUUUCAUCUAUAGAUUAUUAUU